AUGGCGUCAAUCCGGACCUUCUCCACUUUGUUCGGACAGGUGCGAGACAUCUUGACCACUAUCGUCCUGGACCUCCAUCCGUCUCAAAAGCCUGUAGUCGGUGCCGUGCACGUAAAGUCAAGUGUGGUGAAGGCUCUGCAGGACCGGAUCAAUGACCUUGAAGCAAGACUGCACAUGACAGAAACACCAAAUGUUCCAGUACCAAAUAGUCAACCAACACCGGCCAAUCUUCAAAAAGAAGCAGAGGAGGUGGGCUUUCUCACGACUGGAGGAUCUGAUUUGUACUCUGGGAGCAAAUAUGUCGGCAGUGCUGCUGGUUCAACAUUUGCCAGGAUUUUCUUUAAGCAACUUCAUAUUAUCCCGUCAUGGGAUUCUGGGGAACAGCAAAAUGGCCUUGAACAGCCAUUGUCUCUUGCAACCGCAGCGCUCCCACCGCAGCCCAUUGCUCGAUCUCUCCUCAAUUUGUACAUCGCCCGAGUCCACAUAUGGUGGCCUUUCCUUCAACUUCCACAUCUAAGAAGAAGUAUACAACACAUCUAUGAAGACCCCAGACAGUGCAGUGACCAUGAAAAGUUCAUUGUUUUCAUUGUCCUCGCACUGGGAAGUUCCCGAUUGACAUCAAAAGAUAGUCAAUCUGCAGCAAUUAUGGAUCUCAACGAUACCAAUGCUUACUUCCAAACGGCACUGCGUUUCUUUGAUAAUUUCCAUACUCAUCCACGGGACCUUUUUGGCAUACAGGCAGUUUUACUCCUGGCGAUAUGGAUGUUAGAUUCAUCUCAUAGUAGUCACAAUAACGAUCUCUGGCAACUUAGUCGCUAUAUCAUGUCAGCUGCUAUCGAGGCAGGACUCCACCGCCACAAUAUGGACUGGGGGUUUACUUUAGAAGAACUUGAAGUGCGGAACCGGACAUGGUGGUGUGCUUAUAAUCUUGAGAGACAAGUUGCUACUCUGACAGGACGAGUACUCUCUAUUCGCGAUCACGCGGUCCAUGCCAUGCUGCCUAGUCCGAAUAGCUUUGAUAACCUCACUCCGCUCGAGAGUUCCACUGCACCCAUCCUCCACAAGCACAGCGUUGCAGUUUUCCGGCACAUGAUUACUCUUCGCAAAAUCGGCGGCCGUAUUCUUGAAUCGAUCUACAUCGCAAGGGGACCCAACGGUACAGCUAUGGAUACCACCUUCCAGCAGAUUUGCGCAACAUCGGACCUGAUACGACGAGAUCUUGAGCUUUGGGAGCAGCAACUCGAGGCUAUGGCAUUAAAGCCAUCUAGGGAAUAUUCGGAGAUGAAGAUUGAGUACUGUAUGUUGCAGCUCUUGCUCCAUAGACCGUCCCCGACUUUCAUGGUUCCGUCUCGCCAAAUGGCCUCGUAUUGUUCCAAGGCAGCGUCAACUGCGAUUAGCCAAUGGUCCAAGAUCGUAGACGAGUAUGGAAUAUCAGCUGUAUGUCGAUGUUUUAGACAGCUUCAUGAUAUUAUCUUAGUUGGUCUGGCGGCUUUGUACUGCGAUUGGCAAGCAUUGGCUCUACCACAAACAGCUAGCGACACGACGACGAGAACACAUCGCCACUUGAGCGACACGAAAAUAUGUCUCGAUCUCAUUGACAGCGGUAUUUCCCACAUGAAAGCUCGUCCCCUCGAGAAGUUUAGACACAUAUUCCAAGCCGUGCGAAACAAGGUUUACUACAAGACCACGUUCAGUGGCAUUUCUCCGACUGGUUCAACAGCAAUGAGCUCAAUCCUAUCGCCACAAAGUGUGGAUGCUUUAUCUCAAAAUCUCAUUUUUAACCCAAACAACGAUAUUGUGUAUUCAAUGGGUGACGGGGUGGAGGCAUACGUGAAUCAAGUUAGUGAAUUUCUUGACGGUGGUGGAUUUAAUGUUGACGAGGCCCUUGAUGCAUGGUAUGAUGCUUUGAUGGGGGAGAUACAAAGUGGCGAUUCACAAAUGACAUGA